AUGAGCUCUAGCAACUUAUCUACAGCACCAUUGGAGGAUCCAUCAAUAAACAUCAAGAAGGAACUAACAGAGAAUGGUGAGAUCAUUGUAACAGAACUAGGCAAGUCUAUAAAGUCAUUGAUUAAACAUUCAAACGUUCAUGAGAACAUGAUCACCAUAUGUAAAGUAUUCGCGCAGCACGAGCUCAAUGUAUCACAAACAGAAGAAAUGAUAAACCAAAUGAAUGCUCUUUCAAAGGAACUAGGGAAUCAGAUCAACAUGUUGAACACAUCAUUACAGACUCUAGAUGGCUUUAACAGUUCGAUCGUUGAUAUCAAUCGCACGGCACAUUCAUUCACACAGAAGACCAACAACAGUUGA